GGUCAAAUCAGUCGAAAUAAUGCCAGCCGAAACAAUUGUAUACAUCUCAGAAAAUACAAGUUAUCAGUUUACUUGCACCACGUCUGUAGGUCGUCCUGUUCCUAAUAUAAAGUGGAUAGUUUUUGAAAAAACAGACGAGGCAAACUAUUUGAUUUUUGAGGGUUAUCAGACUACUCCAAACAAAACUAGUGAAAGCGAAAUGCUGUAUGCAAACAGUACAUUUCUGUACAUGGUUAACAGAACUGUCAACGGUUGGAAAAUAAUCUGCUCAGUUGAAAAGACAGGAAUACAAACAGAAGUUAAUUCUAAAGCGAUCCUUCUCAAUAUCACAUAUCCUCCAGUGUCUCGGUUGAUGAUUAAUGGACUAUUUAUGGAAAGCGUAUAUAAAGUUAUAGAAAAUAGUACUGGAUCAUUAAACUGCACAGUUGAAGGAGGCAAUCCAGAACCGAUUCUUUCUUGGAGUAAAUGCUUGGGAGCCGACCAAAGUAGUUUUAAAUUUAAAAAUGAUGCAUUCAUGGAAACAUAUUCAAACGUGUUAAAAUGGAAAGCAAUAUAUAACACAGAUAUGAAAUGUACAUGUUUUUGCACGCAGAAAGAGCAAAAUCAGUCUUUGUCCAUAAAUGUGGACAUCCUCUAUCCCCCUUUUCCUCCAUCAAUAUCAUUCGACAAUCAGGUCAUCACUGAAGAUAUUUCGGUUAUAAUUAAUACUUCGCUUCCCUUAAACUGUAUCAGUGACAGUAGGCCAGCUUCGACAUACAGAUGGAAAUUCAACGAUGAUUACCUUUCAGACAGUCAGCAAUACGUUAUACAAUCAAAUAAAGCAGACUACGGACAUUACACAUGUGUAGCAACAAAUGUGAUGGAACCAACAGAUGGCAGUGAGAAAAUAGCCUCUAAUUCCAAAUCUUUCGAACUACACGUUCUUUGUGCGUAGAAUAUUUCACAUAACCAUUACUUUACUAAUCAUUACGUUAAGUGAUGAAAAUGUACAUAGUAAUCAUUGUCAGAUUUAUAUAUUAUCACAUUGUUGAUAAAAAAGCAUAAUGAAAA